AUGUCCGGUAUCAUUGGAGCCAACAAUAGGUUUGGUCGCGACUUCAACAAUCCAGACGCAAGUAUGCAGGGAAAUAUCACGGCUCUUUAUGACAUAGGUAUCGGGCAGCUCAUAGCCGGGCGUAUAAUAACCGGCAUUGGAAACGGCAUGAACUCAUCCACAGCACCUGUAUAUCAGAGCGAAUGCUCGCCAGCGGCAUACCGAGGUGCCCUCCUGACUAUGCAGGGCACGGUGACUAUCCUAGGUGUGGUUAUUGCAUACUGGACGGACUAUGGAACUAGUUUCUACGAAUCCGAUUUUCAGUGGCGCUUUCCUCUUGCCUUUCAGGCAUUUUUUGCCGUUUGCUUGGUACUUCAAAUUGUAGGAUUGCCAGAGACACCUCGAUGGCUAGUCGCACACGAUCGCUACGAAGAGGCUCGCACCGUGGUAUCCGAUCUACUUGAGCAACCAGUUACAGAUUCCGAAGUAAAUGCAAUCAUCGACGACAUCCGAAUUGGGCUAGAAGACGAGCAACGAGACGGUCCAUUCCAGAUUAAAGAAUUGUUUUCAUGGGGCAAGGUUCAGAAUUUCCGUCGACUACUAAUCACCAUUUCCAUACAGCUAGGCCAGCAAUUCACUGGCUCCAAUAUGAUCAACUACUAUGGUCCGACCAUAUUUCAGGACAACAUGGGCUUGAGCCGUAACCUAUCCCUGAUUCUUGCCGGCUGCAUGGAAUGUACCUAUCUUGUUGGUUCCGCAAUUCCUGUGUUUCUUAUGGAUCGGUAUGGCCGACGGACUUUGCUCAUUGCCAGCUCCGCUGGGCUUUGCCUAUGCUUCGUCAUGGUAACCAUUCUUUUAUCGAUUGGCACAGUCAGUGCAGCCUACGGAGCUACUGCAUUCAUUUUCAUUUUUCAGCUUCUCUAUGGGAUUGGAUGGCUUCCCGUUCCGUGGUUCUACCCUUCAGAGAUUAAUACCACUCGCACACGAUCCAAGAUGCAGGCGGUUGCAUCAGGCUGGAACUGGAUGUUCGUGUUUACGGUCGUUAAAAUUACGCCUAUUGCAUUUGCGAAUAUCGGCUGGCGUACAUUUAUUAUCUUCGCAGUGUUGAAUGCCGUUUUUAUACCCAUGGUUUACUUCUUUUAUCCUGAAACGAAAGGAAUUGAACUCGAGGAUAUACCUCUCCUGUUUGCAAAGGGUGGCUUUACAGGCGGAGUUCUCACAACAAAGGGCAAGACCAUCGUGCCACACCAACACGGCGAUGAGGUAAUGGCGGAAAAGGGAGAUGUACACAAAAAGGAAGUAGAGCGAGUGGAAACAGAAAUAUAG